AUGGUUUGGUGGGUCAUUGAUGUGAUCGCUGGGGGUCGUUUCAACCCCGAGCACAUUCAACAAGUAUCCAAACUCUUCCGUGAUAGUGACAUUCCCAUUAUCAUGGUUCUCAACAAAUGCGACACUUUGAAAGACAACGUGGAAGAAGUGGAGAAGGAAGUUCACAGUACAUGUCCUUGGGCUGAGCACAUCGUGCAGGUGGUUACUGAUCCUCGUCAGGGCCCAGCAAAGCUUUCUUGCGAGUGUGGCUCCACAAACAUUUUCAUUAGCGCGAGCACGAGAUCAUACUUUUGCAGCGUUUGCAAACAAACCGUGGCAUUCAAGAAGCACUAUGGAGUGUCAGAAUUGAUUCAAGAGACGGUCAAGUGCCUGCCUGACGCUGUGGCGAAGUCCUUCCUACGAGCUCAAGAUGCCUGGAUAGAAGGAUUGGACACAGAGGUCAAGAAGACAAUUCUUGGCUUCACUGCGCUCGCAGCUGCAGUGGCUGCAGUUCCCAUCCCGUUCUCCCGAGCAGUCUGCGUCAUACCCGUCCAAGCAUUCAUGGUUCUGUGCAUUGCGAAGAUAUACAAGGUGGUCUUGUCGAAGAAAGCAGCUCUUCACAUGGCCUCUAUUGUGAUGACUGGUGGUACUUCAUCUCUGGCAUUCUGUGCGAGCGAGGCAGUCAAGGUGAUCUUCCCUGCGGCGGGAGUGCUUGUUGAUGCUGGCAUGUCUUGCACCAGCACCUUUGCUCUGGCUGUUGUGUCAUACUAUCUUCUCCGUCAAGUUCGAUCCAGGGCGAUUCUGGGGGAAGAAGUCAGUGUUGAUAGGCUGAAUGAGAUCAUGAGUGACGAGGAGCUGCGCAAGAUGUACCAGCAGGUCCUGGACAGGCUCAAAUCUGGCUCAAAGCCGGAAGAGCAGCUCUCAGUGGAGAUGAAAAGACUGGAAGAACUGAGCGGAUAAUCCAUUAGCCCCUCAUGAAGCUUCGAUUUGUACAGGGAAUCUUUCAGUGUGCAGAGGGGGACCGCAUUGGACAUGGAAACCCUUGAACAUGCAUACAAAUUCCCGUUCGGAAUUGCGUCCAUUACCAAUGGAUGCUUGCAGGAGAUGCUGUGAGGGUCUUGGACACAG